UUGUCUCCAGACCUCCUCCGCGUUGCUUUCCAGGUCGCCAUCUUGGAAAGCGGCCCCGAAACCCUGGGAACGAUUCGUCUCUGUAAUGUCUUUAUAAAGUCGCCUAUUGCAAAUUUGUGCCACGUUUGAUUAAUUUAUAAUCAGAGGUACUUCAAAUCUGUUGUUUUGUUGUUUUAUGAUCUUCUUGGCACACCACACGGUAUACAUUGCAUUUGAUCGGAAGCAAAAGGAAAAAAAAACUUAAAUAACCGAUAAGGCAGGCGUGCAAGUUUGUCGAUACCUCUUAUUGAUGCUAAACUGUCAGCCAAUAAGUGAACAAGAACUGUCACGGUGAUUGCAAAGCUAACUGGAGGAUAACAACACUGGUGUAACAGAAAAUGUGACUGCCUUUACUCCGAAAAUUUAACUUAACACAAUCCAUGGACUGUAAAAUUAUCGCCAAGGCUCGACAUUUGUUUUUAUCGGAAAACCGUGGAGUUUAUUUUAAAAAUUGGAAAUUAGAAUGCAUCAACAAACGGAAACAGUGAAACGAUUUCACAGCAAACCACAAUGGCAACAAAUCCUCGCUGUCUGUACCUUUCUAGGCUUCACUCUAGCCGUAUGGUACAAUUUAUGGAAUAAAGGAUCACGGACUUCCCUGGAGGGACCCGUUUCAUCUUCUCUGGUUCAUGAACAGAGAGGGGAAGGAGUGUACAUGACGCUGAAACUGAAAUGCUUCUUCUGUGAUUCUGAAGACUUUGGUCCAGCGUGGGAAACUCUUACCCAGGACCACGCCUGUCAAGACAGCAUCUUUUCAACUUGCUAUAUGAACCAGACUCUCCCGGGCAGGCAGACGACAGAAGUCAUUGAUCUUAUUAGAAGUUGCAAGCAGAACUGCGUGUGUUCUGAUGAUGAAGGAUGGUGCUUGACUGCGGAGUGUGGGCGUCAGCUGAGGUGCUGCUGGGGACAAGCGUAUUGUGAAGAAGAAUAGAACUGAACAAGAUUAGAUUGUUAAAAUUUAUCUUCCCUUUCUUCUACAACGUAACGAAUCGUGAUUUGACUUAUGCGAGAAUUGAUCAGGAUUCACUCAGUAGAACAUAAAUCACGUACAGCAACACCUAAAGAACUUUUGCACUCUGUGUUUGUCAUGACUUAUUUGUGUACAAAGGAUCUUAGAAUCUCGGUUCGUAAAAAGACCAUCGAAAACUUUUUCGCUUACGUGCAAAGAGACUGUGUUUUGAAGUGGAUGAACGUAGAUGAAGUACGAUUCUGCUUCAUAAAAAUAUGAAAAACAAAACAAACAAAAAAACCCACACACAUUAGCAAAGCGCUACAGACUGAGAAUUGACCUCCCAUACUGCAAAUAAUUAAAGACAAACGACCUCAAAGUUUAAUGCUCUCGGCUGUAAAUUAAAGAUUAGUUUUCAGAUACACUGUUUUUCUGCGUCAGGAAAAGGGUGCGAACAAGUGAAACUUGGUUAAUUACCAAAUUGAGGUUACCAUGGGAACAUUACCAAACCGCACGCCGAACUGAAUUUAGAAAGGAGGGCAGACGCUUUGAGUGUUGAUCGGCCUAGGCUUUUUGAAAGGUUAAAAUUUGUUCAGGCCAAGAACCAACGCCUGAAACGUCAUCCUCCAAAUUCACUACUUGUGGUGAAGGCGAAGACCAUGCACGACGGUAAAAGAAGAGAUUGUGUGGCAUUGGGAACCGCCCCUCCUUUCUCAGUCCGUCACGCGUGGUGCACACGCGCACACGCGUAGCCUUCGUUUGGCUGGAUACAAACAGUAAGCGAGUUAUGUGUUUAGUUAGUGGAAGCAAGGCUGAUUACUACACAACGACAUGAUAGGGUCCAAACUGGAAGCCAAGAAUUGCAACCGUGGA